GCCAAGGGCAGCAGCAGAACAUUGCCGAUUACUUCGGGGUCUCUCGGAGACAGCAAAUAGGUGCCAGUGGGAUCAAGAAUAGUAGAAUCAAAGAAGAGCUACUGGAUCCCAUCUUCAUGGAACCGGAUGAUUCCUUCAGUGGUGUCUCCACCGUGCAGGAGAUCAGUGGUGAUUCCUGCUCCUUUCUGGAGGAUGAGGACCUUGUACCAGCUCCCAGGGAAAGCUCCAGAAAACGGCCUUUGUCUACUGCAGCUGGAGGGGUGCCCAAGCCAGAGCACGAUUUGUGGGGUGAGCCUGAGAAGAAGCCAAUGGUGGUUCCUCCAGGACACAGCCAGAUCAAGCAGGAACUUGAUGACAUGGAAAUCGAACCAGUCCCUGAUGCACAUUACGGACUCCUGGGGACUCCGAACUGGGAAUUGCCUCAGGGGAGUAUCAACGACCUGCCUGUUGAAGUUGUGAGGAACAUCUUUGCUUUCCUGCCAGUGACUGAUCUGUAUCAGAGCGUGAGCCUGGUGUGUCACUGCUGGAGGGAGAUAGUCAGUGAUCCACUGUUCAUUCCUUGGAAAAAGCUGUACCAUCGGUACGUAAUGAAGGAGGACACGGCCCUGCGCAGAGUUGAACAGCUCUUGCGGGAUUUCGCCAUAAUGAAGGAGCAGGAGGAAUGUGUGUUGGGGCUGAUCAGGUGCGUGUCUGCCAUAUCCACUGGCCGGAAAGUGGAUCCCAGUGCAGUUCUCCGGUGUUUGAAGAGUCAUCACCUCUUCUCAAAGGCUGAACUCUGUGUUGCCAACAAACUGCCGCAUUUACAGAGCAGGAUGGAGCCUGAGAACAUGUGGGCCAUAAUCACAGUCAUGGUGCUUUUCUCUGACGGCGUCAGUGACAUCCAAAACCUGAUGGUGUGUCUGCAGAGAUCCUGCUCUACCCUCUCUGUUGUGGAUGUGACCGAGGCGCUUUACUGCAUAGCCACGCUGCUGUAUGCGAUGAGGGACCGGGAUAUUGCGAUCACUAACAGGAUCCAUUACAAUAUUUUCUACUGCUUGUAUCUGAUGGAAAAUUCUUCUGUAACUGUGCAGAGAGCAGGAGAGGAAGCACUGGCUUUGGGCUGCCCACAAGACUUACAAUCCAGUAACUGUCCUGAAGUAAAGCUGACCAGUGAACAGCAAAGGAUUUUGAAUCACAAAAUCGAGCGUGGUCAACUCGUGAAAAUUAUGGCAUUAGCAG